CAUCGUCGUCUUGUUUGAGUCUCAGGAGAAAAUCAGGCAAUGGCCGACUAAUAAUCUAUACUAUCUCUCUCUUGCUCUGUCGAGUUUGGACAGCUCUACAAGAUUGCAUCUUGGACAUCUUAUUCGAACCAGGGACCGUCCUUCCUUGCCUCUCUGAUCCUGUUCGAAGUUCGAAGAUCUUCUCUGUUUCUAAAAUUGGCACUAGUUGCGCUCCACCUCGUCUUCAUCGGCUUCCUUCUGGUUUGCGAUGCUCAAUUCGUCGAGAAAACUAGGCUACAUCCAUGGUAGUUAGUUCCUCAUCUCCUUUGGCUUACUCAAUCACCUCUAAAGAUCUCAACCUUUUCUUUUUGUACUCUGUUAACAGGCACGCACAUGUCCUCUUACUUCUUCUUGUUCUCUGUCACUCUUCUCCAGUAUUUCGUCACUUGUGGCUCUUCGCCUGGGUAUGUUAUUGAUGCAAUGAGGGAUGUUGACGAAACCAAUGCAAUAAUGUACAGAAACGCACCUACCACAUCAUUUGUAAGACUUGUUAUUAUCCUUGUCCUUGUUGAUCUCGUCCACUAAGAAUUUUAGGGAAUUGAGUUCUACUUCAGCUUCUGUCUGUGUGUCACACUCUUGUUGUUGUCUUUAUACCUUUUCAUUAUGUCAUUAUUUAAGCGACAUGCUUCCAGAAAAAACUGGGAGCGUAGUUAUUACUGUCGAAGGAGAAUCAGCCUCAGGUGCCAGAAGAUGGUUUUGGACUUGUAACAUCCUUAAGGUGGUACAUCUGUGAGGAGAGUGCUCUAUGCAUCUGGACACUCAUCAUGUACAUUGACUACCUGACUAACGUAGCCAAGCCUUGGUGGAAGAAUGCAGUUAUCAUACUACUCCUUGUCCUAUUGGUGAUCUCCUUGAUAUUCGUGCUGCUUCUUUUGCUUUUUCACAGCUACCUUAUUCUGACGAAUCAAAGCACUUAUGAACUUGUGAGACGAAAACGUAUUCCAUACAUGAGGAAUAUGCCGGAACGAGUGCAUCCUUUUAGCAGAGGAAUCUAUACAACGUCUGUUGCGGGUUUGAUCAGUGAAGGUAACAUGUUUUGUCUUAAAAUAUGAGUGAAGUUGUAUACAUAUAUACACAUGGACUCCAGUGAAUAAAAUAAAAAUUAAUCAUA